UAUUACCAGGAAGUGGCCCAGUUACAAGCAUGUUUACAUAAGUCGACCAAAGAUUGCACUCCUGCUCUAGUGCAAAGCAAAAAUAAUCUAAUCUACAGCUGCGGUUUUCUUUUUGAGGCUUUCAGUUUUGGUUAAAAUAGUUACAGAUAGCCAUGAUAGCCCAACGCAUCAACUUCCACUUUUUCCGUGCUGCCAUCAGCAGCACAUCAUCUUUCACCAUGUCUCAUGGAAAGCCUCAUCCAGCAGUUUUGAACAACAAGCAAAAAAAUACCUUCAGGGAGCGUCAUGGUCUUCAAGACAUUGCCCCACUGUUGCGGAGUAUGGAGGAGACUCCAGAACCUAUCCCUACCACCAUCAAAGGCACAAUCCCUACAUGGAUCCGCGGAAAUCUUCUUCGCAAUGGCCCUGGAAAGUUUGAUUUUGGAAAUCAACACUUUAAUCACUGGUUUGAUGGAAUGGCCUUGAUGCACCGCUUUCAGAUUGCUGAUGGUCAGGUGACCUACAGGAGUCGCUUCCUGCGCAGUGACUCCUACAAGCAGAACAGUGAGAUGAAUCGAAUCGUGGUGUCUGAGUUUGGCACUCUUGCUCUCCCCGACCCAUGCAAGAAUAUCUUUCAGCGCUUCCUAUCCCGCUUUGAUAGGUUGAAGCCCACAGACAACGCUAACGUGAGCUUUGUCAAAUACAAAGGUGACUUCUAUGUCAGCACAGAGACGAACUUUAUGUACAAAAUUGAUACGGACACUCUAGAAACAAAAGAUAAGGUGGACUGGAGCAAGUUCAUUGCUGUUAAUGGUGCAACUGCCCACCCCCAUAUUGACCAAGAUGGUACAGUCUACAACAUGGGCAACUCCUAUAAUAGCAAAGGUGCUUUCUACAACAUUAUCAGAGUGCCCUCGAAGAAAGAAGACCUUGAUGAUACACUGCAGGGGGCAAAGGUGCUGUGUUCCAUUUCUCCUGCUGAUAAAAGCAAGCCUUCCUAUUACCACAGCUUUGCCAUGUCUGAGAACUAUGUGGUGUUCAUCGAACAGCCCAUAAAGUUGGACCUGGCUAAGAUAGUGACAUCUAGAAUGAGGGGGAAAGGCAUAAGUGACUGUAUCUACUGGGACCCAAAACAAGAGACUGUCUUCCAUGUUGUAAACAAACAUACUGGAAAGGUGAAUCCAGUGAAGUACCACACCAAGGCUCUAUCCACCUUCCACCAGAUCAAUGCAUUUGAGGAGGAUGGCUUCCUCAUAGUGGAUAUGUGCUGCUCAGAUGAUGGCCAGGCCCUCAAUAUCUACUUUCUUCAGAAUUUGCGCAAGUCUGGAGAAGCACUGGAUGAGGUAUACAACAGCAUAGACAAUUAUUUUCCUCGCCGCUUUGUUCUGCCUCUGCGCAUUACCAAUGAUACUCCACUGAACCAGAACCUCAACACACGGCCCAACAGCACUGCUUCUGCGGUCUGCCUCAGUAAAGACAAAGUGUUCUGCAUGUCUGAGGAUCUCCAUGACAAUGAACUUCUCAAUUACGGUGGUUUGGAGUUCCCACACAUUCACUAUGACCGAUGCAACACCAAACCAUACCGCUACUUCUAUGGCUGUGGCUUUGGUCACCUGGUGGCAGACUCACUGCUCAAAAUAGACCUGGAGAGUAAAAAGCUCAAGGCAUGGUGUCAGCCAGGCCUCUAUCCAUCUGAACCUGUGUUUGUCCCCUCACCUAAUGCAAAGGAAGAGGAUGAUGGGGUCAUCCUAUCUGUUGUCCUCACACCCAUUGAGGAUAAGGGUACUUUCCUGCUGGUUCUGGAUGCUAAGACAUUUGAGGAAAUGGGAAGAGCUAAAGUGCCUGUUAACAUUCCCUCUGGCUUCCACGGAACCUUUCUAGUGACAUAAGAGUUCUCAACUCUUGCCAUGUUUAUGACUUCACCAACAAAUUUUUGCCCCUUGCAAACAGAAAUCAGCUGCUGCCACUUUACACUAGGUGUUCCCCGGGUAUCAGUACUUGGCCCGCCCCUUUUCAUUAUUCAUCUGCUUCCAGUGUCUUAGUUUUCACCACUGUGCUGAUAAUCCUUGCACAUAUACACAUAUGCAACUUUCCUCUUCUCACAACACUUAUAGUUAGGGUUUUAUGUGUUUUAUUGUUUCACUUUGUAAUUAUUUGUUUUAAUGCUGUACAAAUUCUGUCACUGUUAUGCGACUUGGCUUAGGUGCCAUACAAAUUAAACUUGUCAAUUAGUAUUACCAACACAGUGAAACAUGCAUGCAUAGAGACAAUAAAGGCACAGUUAAAGAUA